GUGACGGUAAAACGGAAGCAGCGAAAGACGAAGCCCCAUUGCCGCCGCCAGGUGAAGCCAACCGUCGCCUAUUCUAAGUUUGAUCCGCCUCUCCUCUUCUCAGCUUAAGCUUCCCUUGACGGUCGACCAAUUCGAUCAACUCUGCCAACUCUCUCCCUCUCUUCCUCCUCUCUUCCUCUCAUUCUCGGCAGAUCUCUGAUCUGCGACCCAGCUUCGUUUUGCGUCAGUUCUCAGACCCACAUGGGCGCGAACCCGUAAAUCCGCAAAUCACCAUUGGAAGCCAUCUGAAUCGGCCGAGGAAAUUCCCGAGAGAAUAAGCAGAGUCUGCAAAAGUCGGAAACUCGAUUAACGUCGAAUGGGACCUCAAAUGGGACUUUGAGAGCUACCGCUUUAUGUGAAAAAGAGGAUCAUAGCAUGGUUGGAUUCAUUUGUGAAUGCAGAAGAAUCAGUUAAAGACGAGAAGACUGUUCAAAGAGAGUCUAACUAGAGAAAAGUGGGGGAAGAUUGAGCGUGAGUUGGAUAGUGAUGGAGGGGCCUCCAGAGAAUGACUGUUGCUCAGUGUGCCAUGGACCCUUUCAAGUUCCUUGUCAAGCCAAUUGCUCUCACUGGUUCUGCGGGAAUUGUAUAAUGCUGGUGUGGGACCAUGGAUCAGCUCUUCAGCCAUGCAAGUGCCCUUUAUGUCGGAGAGAGAUAACAUUGCUGGUGCCAGGGGAGGCUUCUCUGAGGCAACGUCAAGACCCUAGUAUAUCUACUAUCCUGCGGAAGGUUGAAACUUACAAUCGCCGCUUUGGUGGUCGUGACAAUGGCCUCAUCCAGAGAAUGCAAGAUCUUCCCUUUUUCCUAAGAAGAUUGUUGCGGGAGCUGAUGGAUCCUCAAAGAUCUCUUCCACUUUUCAUUAGGGCGCGUGUCUAUCUUGCAAUGAUUCUCAGUGCCAUCUACAUAUUAAGCCCUGUCGACUUCAUCCCUGAAGCAAUACUGGGGAUUAUUGGGUACUUGGAUGAUCUGAUCAUACUCCUUGUCUGCGUCCUCCAUGUUGCUGCUCUUUAUCGGUCUGUACUGUACUUCCGUCAUGGAGGCUCUUAGAUCCAUUCCAUCACAGCCAACAGCAGCUGCAGCAGUGUUUCACUCAGAACAAAGAUGCAAUCCCUCACGUGAAGUCCAUGCAUCUUUCAAACAAGAUCGACGUCGGUGCUUGAUUAGGUGUGAAGGCUAUAGAAGGUUUUCCUUGAUGCCUUUUUCUUUUUCACUUUUUAAUGAAAAAAUUCCCACCAGUUGGGUAGUUACUGCAGAUCAAAAUCUUGAGAUGCAAUCUGUCACACGCGGAUUAUACAAAGACGGAUCAAUCAGAUAAGAUUCUAAUGAUAUA